AUGUAUACGCUUCAAAACACACACACCAAAACGAGUGGUAAAGGCAGAAUCUCCUCAGAGAAGAAGCAGGUCGCGCGGCCCGGCCUCCUCCGCCCCGCCGUCAAUCCCACUCCAGAGUCCCUUCUUCGGCUGAGAGGAAGGGAGGGAGGAGGGGAGCCAGGUGCUUGGCGCCGGCAACACCCACUCGUCGCCGCCGUCGUCGUCCUCCUCGCUCCGUUUUCGGGGCGGAGAGACAGGUGCGGAGGCGGCCACUCCGUCCCUCCUCCUUCUCCUCAGCGAGAGAGAGAAGCCUCCCUUCUCUUCCUUUCCCGUCAGCACAGCCGCCGUCCUCAGGGAGGAAGGAGGGCCUCGCCUCACGCACAGGCGCUCCCUCCGUUUAUUCGCUCUUUCUGCCUCGGUCUCAGCGUCGGGAGCCGAGCCUUCGCUCUCCUUGCAGGCCCGGCCCACCGCCCACCGAGCAGCAGCAGCAGCAGGAGGAGGAGGCCUCGGUGGGGAGGCGCCGGGAGGCGUCAAGGGGGCGGCGCGGCGCCAUGUUGGGAAGAGAUCAAAGAAAGACCUGGCCUUCCUCACUGGUUGGAAAAGCAGACUUCCAUUUGGUCCCAAGCAAGAAAGUCAAGCAACACAUGCCAUAUACUAAUUUCCAGAGGGUUCUUUGAAGAAAAACUCAGUGGAGGAUGGAUGUUUGAUGAGCCCCUUUCCCCAUCCCUCACACAUCCUUCCAAAAUCCAAGACAAAAUUAAAUCUGAAAAACUCCUGGCUCCAAGCAUUUUGGAUAAAGAAGACUCAACCUGUGAUUUUUGCCUUUAAACAAUAUUGGAUGACAACUUGGGCUCUGAAUAAAAGAGUGUUCUAGGCUUGUAUGGAUGGCUGAUGUUCCUUAAUUGUCCCCGAAUGCCUCUUUACCAAGGAAUGCAGACAUUUUUCAUAAGGGGCAGUCAUUUCCUCCAGCAAUAUUAGAUAAUGAAUCUGGCAGUUUCUGUCACUUUGAUAUUUUAUUAUCUAUCUAGACAUACAUUUGGUUUACUUUAUUUACCCAGCAUUUUUUUAAAAAAAUCAGUAUGAAAGUUAUGUUCAUUUUUUGAACAUUUAUCCUAAUAUUUACUAUAUUUUUGAUUGCUACCUUUUGUUUUCUGGGCCUUGCAACUUUGUCUUCAAGGAACUAGACACUUAAAUCAGUCAGGGAAUCAUCUGUAUCAUCCCACACCAUCAUAUUCUUCAGUUUCUUGUUCUCCAUGGGAGCAUCUCUGCAAUGGACUGGACUUUUAAACCUACCAAUAAUCAGCUAUUCUUCCUGCCAUAGGGAUCGCCUUUUCCUGGCAGAGAAACCUCCAGCUAAUCCCUGCACGGAUCCUAGCCAGCCCAUUUAUCAACCAAUCAGAAGGAGGCAUGUGAAGUCGGAAUAGCUGUCAGAGGUGUAUAAAAUGUGUUGUAUUUUUCUAUGAAGUUGUGUUUUUAUAUUUUGAGUGUUGGCUUGGUACCUGCACUCCUUUUGGCCAAACUGUAAUAAAUCUGUACUUUGCCUUCAA